AAAACUCUCGGCGGCUAAUCCAUCCAUUCUCUACUCAGCACAUCUCUGGUUUCAAACACUCAACACACCACACCUCCCUAAUGUCAGAGGAUUCAGACCCAGGGUGCAGCUCCAUGCCCAGGGGGGCCUCAGGGUGGCCCUGCCAGGGGGGCCUCAGGGUGCAACCCAUGAACCAGGGGGGGCCUCAGGGUGCAGCUCCAUGCCCAGGGGGGGCCUCAGGGUGCAGCUCCAUGCCCAGGGGGGCCUCAGGGUGCAACUCCAUGCCCAGGGGGCCUCAGGGCCCAUGCCAGGGGGCUCAGGGUGCAGCUCCAUGCCCAGGGGGGCCUCAGGGUGCAGCUCCAUGCCCAGGGGGGCCUCAGGGUGCAGCUCCAUGCCCAGGGGGGCCUCAGGGUGCAACUCCAUGGCCCAGCUCCAUCGUAUGAGCAGCUACGGCCAGGGUGGUCCAGACCUGGGCCUUGCCUCAGAGGGCAGUGACAGCAUUGGGCGUAAGAAAGUCCGCUCACGUUCCCGCCGCAACGACGUGGAGAUGAAGAGCAGUGGAUCCAGCGGGAGCGGGACCGAGUCACACGGCAACAAGAGCCACGGAAGCCAUGGAAACGAGAGCCACGGCAACGAGAGUCAUGGCAACGAGUCGACAGGUAGCUCCAAUGGCAACAGCAAGGAUUCCGCCCUCCUGGACUCAUCUGGGAGUAACAAGAGGUCAGUGAGGGGGUGUGGUUUAAGUGGUUUGUGGGUGGGGUUAGAGUAGAUCACAUUGUUUUAUGGGUACCUCGUUUUACCAGUCGUAGGUCCUAUUUCCUAAAUUGACUGCAGCCCAGCAGAAUAUAUAGUCGACGGCGUUAGUUGAUUCGCCGCCACACGUUAUCACAUAUCCCACAUAUUUGAAGUCCAAGGCUACAUGAGGAUGUGUGUCCAAAACCAUGUGUCCUCUGUUGUUGUGAGUUUGUCCCCAUUCUCUCCUUAGGACGUACAGUAGGUUGACAUCAAUAUGACUCACUCACUAGCAGCACAUUCUGAAGCUCUCGAGACCCAUCCCUCUUUCUUCCACUCUGUUGACACAUGCUGGCCCAUAUCCCCACUCUAAACCUCCACUUGUCCCGGCCUUAGAGAGUUCACAUGCCCUAGAUACUGUAUGUGACGCACAGCAGCGCCCUGUCUCUCACCUACCUCUCACCUCUUUUCCAGUGGUGCCCAUGCAGCCUGCUCCACAGACAGUCAAUAAUGAUGGCCCACAGUGAAGUGAGGCCUUCACAGAGAGCACUGAAAACCCCAUAGAAAGUAGUGAUGGACCCCAUUGAAAACCUAUAGAAGCUGCCAAUGGAGUGGCUCCAAUUAGGAUCCUGAAUGGCGGCACUUCACCCUGAUGACACUCUGUCCCCUCCUUUCUCUCCUUGUUCCUCAGUAACUGGACUGAAAUCACCUUGAACACUCUUUGCAGAGAAAGACACUGGAGCACAUCUUGAUUGUGUAAAAUUCUUGUUGAAAGCAAAGAGUUAUCAAGGUCAUUUUACGCUGAGACGUCUUCAGUUCUUAUCUGCCAUAUGUGGUGAAGUUGACCCCCGCUUCCUCCUUCCUGUCUGUCUCCCACUCUGUGACAAUACAGUAUGUGCCUGUUGGCUCCACUUUAACAGUGAGGAGGCCUACUCUUACUAACGUUCUCCAAUUAGCUUAUAUUAUUAACCAAUCUCUAUAAUUUGCCACUAACUUGCCACUCUAAUGCCAAACCAAUCUGUUGAUGCCAAUAGCAGAUGCCGUUGAUACUAUUAUAUAAUUAAACUAUUAGAUAUAAUUAGAUCUCUAUUGGUGCUUAGAGAGGCUAUUUCUGAAUCUACUUUAUAUUCUGAGCUACUGAAGCUUGUUAUUUAGACACACCUGAGUUAUAUACGAAGAGUUGUCUGUCUUAGGCAGCUGUUUAUAGCCUUUGGAUGUGGUAGCGCUCUCACUAAGCCUGUAGGCUAAUGCUCGUGGCCUAAAAACACACAUUGGCUCCUACUUACUGCAAAUUCUCACAAAUACACACACGUGGUAUAGCCCAGUCUGUUCUCCAAAGACACAAUAUGGCACCUUGUUUUGGAGAACACCGACAGUCAAGAAAGAACAGAAAAAAGCAAGGAGGGAGAGCAAGAGAGAGCAAAUAGUGGAUUUGAGUUUUGUAAUUGGGUACUUUAAAGACAGAGGAAAGUCACCUCACCUCUGUGGAGAGGAUGGGGAAAACUAAAAGACAAAUUGAUUUGUGAAUAGGUGCUCUGGUGUCCAUGUAUCAUUGUAGCUGUCACGGACGUUGAAGGACGGGUCAGACCAAGGCGCAGCGUGAAAUGCAUACAUGUUUAUUUCAACGAUAAACACACGAACAAAACAACGUAUCAUGAAGUCCUCAGGCUAAACACAACACAACACAAGCCAAGCCAAGCCAAGCCAAGCCAAGCCAAGCCAAGCCAAGCCAAGCCAAGCCAAGCCAAGCCAAGCCAAGCCAAGCUAAGCCAAGCCUCUACACUGAACAAGAUCCCACAACUAAUGAUUGCAAACAGGCUGCCUAAGUAUGAUCCCCAAUCAGAGACAACGAGCGACAGCUGCCUGAUUGGGAAUCACACCCGGCCAAACAUAGAAACACACAACAUAGAAUGCAAAACAUAGAAAUAACAACAUAGAUCUCCACACCCUGACUCAGCAUACUAGAGUCCCAUAAGUCAGGGCGUGACAGUAGCAUUGUACUCUCCUGAACCCAAUAAGAGUAGCGAGAGCUCCAAGCCACUGUAGCAGCUGGGCAAAGAACUCAAUGACUUUGUUUUGACAUUUCAUUACAGUGUUCAAUGGAUGUAUUUCAAUCUGAUAUUGUGAAAGAGAAACUUUUAGCCUGCAAUUAACUCAAUUCACCUGUUGUUGUCCAAGAUUGAGGAAUAUGAUUUUACUGAAUGGUUGCAGUGUAGUUCGAAAACAAAAACUAUGUGAUUGAAAGUAGACCUUUUCAUGUUAACCUCGACUGCAAGGCCUCAGUCAAGGCUACCUUUCUAGAACAAGACAUUGUAGCUGAAACAUCAACAAUAACAAGCCUACCUUCAGUCCUUUUAGAUUUUGUUUUUCAAAAGUAUACCGCUAGCAGCUGGGGAUAAGACUUGUUACAGUGUAGCUUCGGCUUGUAACAAUUGAAUUCUAGUGGUGUGAAACAAUUCUCUAUUAGAAACAUGUUAUUAAUAAUCUCUCUCUCUCUUGCUUGUCGCCCCAGCUCUAACGCCCACAGCCCCUCUCCUCCCAGUAGUUCCAAUGCCUUCAGCCUGCUGAGUUCUGAGCAGGACAACCCCUCCACCAGUGGCUGCAGUAGUGAGGAGUCAGCUAAGGCCAAGACCCAGAAGGAGCUGCUCAGGACCCUCAAGCAGCUCAGACAUCUCCUGCCUGCUGACAAGAGAAACAAGGGCAACAAGUCCAGCUCCCUCAACACCCUGAAAUAUGCACUGCGCUGCGUCAAACAGGUGGAAGGUAAGAGACAACCGAACCGCACAGCAUUCUGGGUAGUAGGCCUGAACAUAUAAUGAGUUGAUUAUGAUUUUAGCAUCAUUACAUUAUAGUUCAUUAUUGUAUUAGUAAUGUGUCUUAAAAGUCCAAUAAGGAAACCAAUGUGUGUUUGUGUUGUUGUGUUUCAGCCAAUGAGGAGUACUACCAGCUGCUGUUGACCAAUGACAGUCAGCCAUCAGGCCUGGAUGUGUCCUCUUACACCAUCGAGGAGAUAGACAGCAUCACCUCAGAGUACACCCUCAAAAACAAUGUAAAUUCAUUAGUAGUACAGUAAUACUUCUGAAUACACACAAAAAACAUGAAAAAUUGCAGAUUUCCUUGAAUACAUCCUCAAAAACAAAUGGUACUCAACAGUAAUGCUUAGUUAACACUAUAACAGCCAGGAUGUUAUACCUACCACAUCCAUGCCAUCCAUCCCGAUUUGACAGUCUGACCAACAACAGAUCAGAUAUCCCAGUGAUUAUGAGUAAUCCACACUUGCAGCUGUGUGUGUACAGUAUAUGCCAGUUUUUCUCACACAUGUCCCUCUGUGUCCCUCCAGGACAUCUUUGCUGUAGCUGUAUCUCUGAUCACGGGGAAGAUCGUCUACAUCUCGGACCAGGCCGCCUCCAUCCUCAACUGUAAACGGGGCGUCUUCAAGGAUGCUAAGUUUGUGGAGUUCUUGACUCCCCAGGACGUCAGUGUUUUCUACAGCUUCACCACGCCCUACCGCCUGCCCUCCUGGAGGAUGUGCACCGGAGCAGGUAAUGACCCCUUUACGAGUGCUUAUAACCACUUAUAGACAAUCUAAACACUUAUAAACAUGCCAUACCGCCUGCGCUCCUGGAGCAGGUAGCGAAAACCCCUCAUUAACUUAUAACCUCUUAUAGACAGUCUAUGAACAGUUUUAGACAGGAGAACAACAGAGCUACAUCAAACAUGCACAAAAAGUGCACAAAAGUCAUAGGGUAGGAAUAGAGAACAUGCUUGUUUACCCAUUACACCUGGCUUUAAGAGUGAUCCCCCUAUCCCAAUGAUGUUGAAUAAUUCAUUUUAAAUGUAUAGCGCUUCUCGAGACACUCUUCAGUCAAAUCCCAUGUAGUUAUAAUGAUUGGAAAACGCAUCCAUUUCAAACAGCACAAGCUAAGCCGUUGCUAGGAAAACAUGAAUGUACCUGGAUUUGAGCCUAGUCGUCCCCACCCUAGUCAAAUCAAUUACAGAUUCCUACAAAACUAGUUAAUACAGGGGGUUAACCAGAGCUUGGAAAACAUAUAGAGUAUGCGUGGAAACAUUGAGACAAGGGUACCAAAAAAGGUGCCUAUCUUCUCUCCUACUGUAAAUUGAGCGUAUCUUUGUUUAUAUUCGUCUUGUUCUUUUCUCUGAAUAGGUGUGUUGUUGAUGUAGUUGAAAGCAGGUGCGACUCAUGAAAUAGUAUCUCAGUUGAAUGAAGAGGGUUGGCAUUGAGCCAAUAAAGUAGAGACUUCUUUUGAAUUAAAACAUUUUAAUUUUCCCCUUCCGCCUCCUCUCCUUUCAGAGUCAUCCCCGUCGGACUGCAUGCAGGAAAAAUCGUUCUUCUGUCGGAUCAGGUGUGUGUGUGUGUGUGUGGCUACGGCCGUGAGUCAGCUGCUCUUCAUGUUUCUAUUCAUUCCCUCUUUCCACUUUGGAUCAAUUUAAAUUAGUUUGAUUCUUGGCUGGUUUCAUAAACAGGAAGCUCUCGCUCUUUUCUCUGACACACACAUGUACACAUAUACAUGCAUGCACACACAUUAUUCACAGUUGACGUUAAAGUCAAACUACGGCUCAACUCUGCCCCCAAGAGGCAGAAAAACACCCACGCAGCAUAAUAGAACUCAAUCUGUGAAAUAGAUGCUAAUGAACUGAGUCACCAACACAACUGACAAUCAUAAGGACACUAUAUUUUCAUGGUUUUGUUGCUGCUUUAGUGACAUGCUGACUUUGUCCUCUCUCUCCUGUGUUCUGUAGUGGUGGUAAGGAGUGUGAGGGGGACCUGCAGUACUACCCAUUCCGUAUGAUCCCCUACCUAAUGAAGGUACAGGACAAGGUCCAUUCUGAGGACCAGUUCUGCUGCCUCCUACUGGCUGAGAGGGUGCACUCUGGAUACGAGGGUAAGGACCAAUGUUGUUACACUGCCCGAGUUGUGCCUGUUUGAAUACUUUUGAAACUGCAUCCUCAGUAGUGUAUAAUAGUGGACGGUAUGUUAAAUAUAGUGUGUGGGAACAGUAGUGUUAACAGUGUUUUCAUUUUGCCUACAGCUCCCAGAAUCCCUAGUGAUAAGCGCAUCUUCACCACCACACACACUCCUAGCUGUGUAUUCCAGGAUGUGGAUGAGAGGUGAGACUUUUUUUCAUAUACUUUUUUUUAUCCGACAGAAGAGUACAGUGCUUUUAUGACACCUAUAGGCUGACUCACAAUGUUAUUGUUUUUGCCUUUCAGAGCUGUUCCACUUCUUGGGUACUUCCCCCAGGAUCUGAUUGGCACCCCAGUACUUCUUCUCAUGCACCCCGAUGACAGGCCUGUCAUGUUGGCCAUUCACAAGAAGAGUAAGUGAAACUAGAACAACAUACCUACUAACAUACUACUUACUACUUAGGACUAUUCUAUCACUGGACUGCAUACAAACACUGGAUGGCCCUUUAAUAAUACAAUAUAUGCCAUUUAGCUUUACUGACAUCUAUGUUCUCACCCCUACCCAUAGUCCUUCAGUACGCUGGCCAGCCGUUCGACCACUCCUCCAUCAGGUUCUGCACGCGGAACGGAGAGUACGUCACCAUCGACACCAGCUGGUCCAGCUUCGUCAACCCCUGGAGCCGCAAGGUCUCCUUCGUUAUCGGGAGGCACAAAGUCCGCAUGUGAGUGUCUUCCCUGCAAAAUGUUUUUCUAUCUUGGCUCUUUUUAAGUAUCUUGACACUAAUCUCUGCCCAGCACUAUUUUGUGUUAUCUUGGCACUAUUUUUUGAAAUAGCCAGAAAAAAGCUUUAGUUUAAAAAUCCUUUAUAAUGCUGUAUCUGUUAUAGAAAUAACUGAAAUACAGUUUGGACACAAGGACCUUCCUGAUAAUAAUGAUAAUAUGGUUGUUCCCACUACCAGGGGUCCGGUGAAUGAGGAUGUGUUUGUGGCGCCACUCCCUGCCCUCAUGGAGACCAUGGACUCUGAAGUCCAGGAGAUCACUGAGCAGAUCCACAAAUUGCUACUACAGCCGGUGCACAACUCUAGCUCCAGUGGCUACAGCAGCGUGGGAAGCAACGACCACCUUGCAGCAUCCCAGGUGAUGACCAGCGAGGGCAACACACGUUCAUCCAGCGACAACAACUUCAACAGCAAUAGGAGCAGCUUAAGCAGGACACGCAUCGAGGAAGAGGGGGAGAGCGGCUGGGCCAAACCUGUAAGUACCCUCUCUGUUUCUCUCUUUUCCCUGUCUAUCGCUCUCUCUCACUCUUUCACCUAUCUCUCUCUCGCUCCAUGAUAGUGAACAUGUCUCUUAACUCCUCCCCCGCAGAGGUCAUUCCAGGAGAUCUGUAAAGGUAUCCACCUCCAGAAGAGUCAAGAACAGCAGAUCUACCAAGCCUCCUCCUCAGCCAAGCCUGAGACCAAGAAGAGCCCUGGCAGUAAGUCACACAAGCAAAUCAACAAAUAAAUAUUUACAAUCUGCAGGAAACAUCGAGAUAUACUUGUGUGUGCAUUGGAUAAUGUGAAAUGGGGAGUGUACAUGUGUGUGGAUGUACAGAUAUGAAUGAAGUUAUGUGUGUUGGAAGAGAUGUAUAAAACACAUGCAUAUCCAUGGGUGUAAUUUAUGGGUGUAGUUCAUGAGUGUAGUUCGGCGUAUACAGAACGUACAAAUCCAUGCCCAUCCCAGCCUUAACACACUCCCUUUUCCCCAGCAGAGUUCCUCCAGAAGAGUCCAGCAGUGGUGCGUCCCAAGGAAUCUGCAGCCCCUGUGGCCCCUCUGAAUUGGAGGGACAGUGGGGUCAGUGCUGAGGUCCGUGGGCUGAGCCUGGAGGACAGCAGCAGCAGGUUAGCAGUACAGGAGGAAGAGCUGGCCUUCAACGACCAGACGGUCUACUCCUACCACCAGAUCAGCUGUCUGGACAGUGUCAUCAGGUCAGCACAACUACUAACUAGUCACUUAUUCAUCUUGCUAAUCAUUUAUCUGUACAUCUCUCUGGUCAUCUAGCCUAUCUAUAGUCUCUGGUCAUUUGUCUAUUUUUUCUGUUAUGGGGCAAAAUACUUAUAGGUAUUGUUUCUGGGUAGAUAUAUGGAAAGGAGAGUGUUACUUAUUCCUUAUGUACUUACUGCUACCCAAUUACAUGGUAGUUACAUCAUGGGCUAUUGUUUAAGAUACAAAGUAAAGCAGUCUUUCAUCCUUCAGCGUGCAUCUCUCUCCCUCUCCUGACAGAUAUCUAGAGGGCUGUAACAUUCCCAUCACUAUGAAGAGGAAGUGCCACUCUUCUGACAACACCACUUCCUCAGACGAGGACAAACAGAAAGGAGGGGACAAUCCCAUGCAAUUAUCUGAAGGUACGUUCUACUACCGGUCUUAACCUAUCUUUACUUUAUCAUUCCUUUAAUAAAAGAUGUUCAACUCUUGACUUCAGUAUUAUUGCUACAGUAUGAUGUUGCAUGUAGCCUAUAUUGCAAGUGAACUCUCCUACACCACUAUUAUUUUUUACCAGUCGGUGAAUGCACCAUGAAUUGAAUUGCCCGUUAUCACUAAAGCCCAAAUCAAAGGAAAAUGUGUUUUUUAUGUGUAUGAACGAGCGUGCACACGUUGGAAUUAGAAUGCACGGUAGUGAAUGAGAGAAAACAGACGGACCACACGUUAAAUUAGAAAGUAAGUCGAUUUUUCUCACGUCUACGCGAAGUAAUGCUGGUAAAAUUAGCUGAUAAAUUGCCAGGAAAUAGACUUGUUUGUGCAUUGUUACAUCUGGAAUUGUGACAUGUAUAAUUAAGUGUCUAUUUAGUGUUGAUAAUAAUAAUACUGCCAGUGCCAAUAAUACAUAUUUGAAAACAAUAACGUUAUGCCUACCUGUGUUGAUUUCGAUCACAGGCAUAUAGCCUAGGCAGGCUACGGCUGGGAAACUCGAGGAACUCCGAUUUCAAGAGAGAAUCAUGUUAUGUAGAAAGAACGAGACUAGCUAAAUUCUUUAUAAACUGUUCGGGUGUAUUAGCUACACCUGUCCUCACAUUCGUGAGCUACUGUAACAUAAUAACUGUUUAAAGCAGGCAGGUACGGUGGCUCCCGUAGGACAUAUAAUGUGAGUAAAAAGGAACACACAACAAUAAUUCACAAGGGCUACAUAGCGAACAUAACAAAUACAACUGUUUAUUAUGGAUUAUUGUUACAAUUAAAUUGGCAUACACUACGCAGUGUAUGGGAAUUUACGCUCUCUAUCUCUCGCACGCAUAUUUUGCCACGGUUGACGCGUUCAACUCUCUCACACAAAUUGUGGCGCGGUUGGCUCUGGUGUGAUUUGGGUUUAAAUUAGAUGUCUCAAUCUAGACGAAAUCUGCACAGGUUGAAUUUUCUUAAUUUCCUAAUUCAAAUUAGAGAUGCCUGUGGGAUGAAUUCAAUUCAAACCAAAUAAUACUGCUAGAUUAAUAGUCAUAAAUAACUUGAUUAGUUAUGGUGUGACAACGUUGAUAAUGCGUUGGUUGGAAAACAUCCCUGCAGAUUCUGUCUGGCUCCACAUAUCAACACAUACCAAUUUAUCAAAAUAUCGAUAUUUAUAUUUAAACUCAUUUAUACUGAACAAAAAUAUAAACGCAACAUGUAAAGUGUUGCUCCCAUGUUUCAUGAGCUGAAAUAAAAGAUCCCAGAAAUUUUCCAUAUUCACAAAAAGCUUAUUUCUCUCAGAUGUUGUGAACAAAAAUUUUCACAUCCCUGUUAGUGAGCAUUUCUCAUUUGCCAAGAUACUCCAUCCACCUGACAGGUGUGGCAUAUCAAGUAGCUGAUUAAACAGCAUAAUAAUUACACAGGUGCACCUUGCGCUGGGGACAGUAAAAGGCCACUCUAAAAUGUUCUGUUUUGUCACACAACACAAUGCCACAGACGUCUCAAGUUUUGAGGGAGUGGGCAAUUGGCAUGCUGACUUCAGGAAUGUCCACCAGAGCUGUUGCCAGAGAUUUGUAUGUUUAUUUCUCUACCAUAAGCCGCCGUUUUAGAGAAUUUGGCAGUAUGUCCAACCAGCCUCACAACUGCAGACCACGUGUAUGGCGUUGUGUGGGCGAGUGGUUUGCUGUUGUGAACACAAUGCCCCAUGGUGGCGGUGGGGUUAUGGUAUGGGCAGGCAUAAGCUAUGGACAACAAACACAAUUGCAUUUUAUCUAUGGCAAUUUGAAUGCACAGAGAUACCGUGACAAGAUCCUGAGGCCCAUUGUCGUGUCAUUCAUCCUCUGCCAUCACCUCAUGUUUCAAUAUGAUAAUGCACAGCCCCAUGUCGCAAGGAUCUGUACACAAUUCCUCGAAGCUGAAAAUGUCCCAGUUCUUCCAUGGCCUGCAUACUCACCAGACAUGUCACCCAUUGAGCAUGUUUGGGAUGCUCUGGAUUGACGUGUACGACAGCAUGUACCCGUUCUUGCCAAUAUCCAGCAACUUCGCACAGCCAUUGAAGAAGAGUGGGACAACAUUCCACAGGCCACAAUCAACAGCAUGAUCAACUAUAUGCAUGAGGCAAAUGGUGGUCACUCCAGAUACUGACUGGUUUUCUUAUCCACGCCCCUACCUUUAAAAAAAAGGUAUAUGUGACCAACAGAUAAAAUCCAUAGAUUCAGAUAAAAUCCAUAGAUUCCAGUCAUGUGAAAUCCAUAGAUUCAGGCCUAAUGAAUUUAUUUCAAUUGACUGAUAUCCUUAUAUGAACUGUAACUCAGUAAAAUAUUUUAAAUUGUUGCAUGUUGCGUUUAUAUUUUUGUUCAGUGUAGUUUAAAGACUAAUUUAGUUUAAAAACUAAUUUAGUUUAUAGACUAAUUUAGUUCAAAGACUUUCAGUCUCACCAAAGCUCUGUUGGACAGGUCACCAACUGAAUCAGACAAACUCUCUCUUUGUCUGUCUCUCUAUAAUCCACAUUUAUGGGACUUUAUAUGUGACUCUCCUAGUCCCCCUCUCUCGGUCUCUCCCUAUCACCCUGGCAGACCCUGCACUGGUUAAGGCUCAGCCUGGUAUAACACCUGUGGAUGACAUCAUCGCAGACAAAAAGACAGACGCUACGACCUCAGCCUCAGGGGUAGUGGGCUCCUCCCUGGUGGCCCUCGCCGUGCCACCGUGCAGAAAAGCAGAGAGCGUGGUGUCAAUAACAAGCCAGUGUAGCUACAGCAGCACCAUCGUGCAUGUAGGAGACAAGAAACCGCAGCCCGAGUCAGGUAUACACUACAUGGACAUUGACAUGUCUCAUUCUACUAUUCUAUUCUACUCUUUUUGGUCUUUAGUUUGUGGUGGUGGGCUGUGUUUGGGAGUGGGGACUGUGUGGGUCUGUGCAUGCGUAGGUACGUGGGUAUGUGUGUUGUAUGGAUGUAACUGGAUGUUGUGUAAUGUAUGCAGUAUCGUGUGUGUACUCUGAGGUCAUGCAUGUUCCAUAAUCUCACACGCCAGACUUAUAUUACAAUAUUCAGAGAUUCACAAUCGUCUGGUUCCAUAAGUUAUACCAAAGCCAUGAGUCUAAAUGCGCCGUGCAUGAUACCAUCCUCUCUGCAUCUCUGCUUCUCUGUAAUGAAUAUCAAUGUAUAUACAGUGGGGAGAACAAGUAUUUGAUACACUGCCGAUUUUGCAGGUUCUCCUACUUACAAAGCAUGUAGAGGUCUGUAAUUUUUAUCAUAGGUACACUUCAACUGUGAGAGACGGAAUCUAAAACAAAAAUCCAGAAAAUCACAUUGUAUGAUUUUUAAGUAAUUAAUUUGCAUUUUAUUGCAUGACAUAAGUAUUUGAUCACCUACCAACCAGUACGAAUUACGGCUCUCACAGACCUGUUAGUUUUUCUUUAAGAAGCCCUCCUGUUCUCCACUCAUUACCUGUAUUAACUGCACCUGUUUGAACUCGUUACCUGUAUAAAAGACACCUGUCCACACACUCAAUCAAACAGACUCCAACCUCUCCACAAUGGCCAAGACCAGAGAGCUGUGUAAGGACAUCAGGGAUAAAAUUGUAGACCUGCACAAGGCUGGGAUGGGCUACAGGACAAUAGGCAAGCAGCUUGGUGAGAAGGCAACAACUGUUGGCGCAAUUAUUAGAAAAUGGAAGAAGUUCAAGAUGACGGUCAAUUACCCUCGGUCUGGGGCUCCAUGCAAGAUCUCACCUCGUGGGGCAUCAAUGAUCAUAAUAUGCCAUUUAGCAGACGCUUUUAUCCAAAGCGACUUACAGUCAUGCGUGCAUACAUUUUUGUGUAUGGGUGGUCCCGGGGAUCGAACCCAUUACCUUGGCGUUACAAGCGCUGUGCUCUACCAGCUGAGCUACAGAGGACCACAUCAUGAGGAAGGUGAGGGAUCAGCCCAGAACUACACGGCAGGACCUGGUCAAUGACCUGAAGAGAGCUGGGACCACAGUCUCAAAGAAAACCAUUAGUAACACACUACGCCGUCAUGGAUUAAAAUCCUGCAGCGCACGCAAGGUCCCCCUGCUCAAGCCAGCGCAUGUCCAGGCCCAUCUGAAGUUUGCCAAUGACCAUCUGGAUGAUCCAGAGGAGGAAUGGGAGAAGGUCAUGUGGUCUGAUGAGACAAAAAUAGAGCUUUUUGGUCUAAACUCCACUCGCCGUGUUUGGAGGAAGAAGAAGGAUGAGUACAACCCCAAGAACACCAUCCCAACCGUGAAGCAUGGAGGUGGAAACAUCAUUCUUUGGGGAUGCUUUUCUGCAAAGGGGACAGGACGACUGCACCGUAUUGAGGGGAGGAUGGAUGGGGCCAUGUAUCAUGAGAUCUUGGCCAACAACCUCCUUCCCUCAGUAAGAGCAUUGAAGAUGGGUCGUGGCUGGGUCUUCCAGCAUGACAACGACCCGAAACACACAGCCAGGGCAACUAAGGAGUGGCUCCGUAAGAAGCAUCUCAAGGUCCUGGAGUGGCCUAGCCAGUCUCCAGACCUGAACCCAAUAGAAAAUCUUUGGACGGAGCUGAAAGUCCGUAUUGCCCAGCGACAGCCCCGAAACCUGAAGGAUUUGGAGAAGGUCUGUAUGGAGGAGUGGGCCAAAAUCCCUGCUGCAGUGUGUGCAAACCUGGUCAAGACCUACAGGAAAUGUAUGAUCUCUGUAAUUGCAAACAAAGGUUACUGUACCAAAUAUUAAGUUCUGCUUUUCUGAUGUAUCAAAUACUUAUUUCAUGCAAUAAAAUGCAAAUUAAUUACUUAAAUCAUACAAUGUGAUUUUCUGGAUUUUUUUUUACAGACCUCUACAUGCUUUGUAAGUAGGAAAACCUGCAAAAUCUGCAGUGUAUCAAAUACUUGUUCUCCCCACUGUAUGUAUAUGUCACGCCCUGGCUCUAGGGACUCUUUUAAGUUGAGCCAGGGUGUGUAGAGUUUAUGUUUUGUACUCAUUGUGUCUAGUUUUUGUAUAUCUAUGUUGGCCAGAGUGGUUCUCAAUCAGAGGCAACGAGUAUCAGCUGUUGCUGGUUGUCUCUGAUUGGGAACCAUAUUUAGUCAGGUGGUUUUCCCACAGUGUUUGUGGGAUCUUGUUCCGUGUUGGUUUGUGUUUUGCGGUUUGCACCUGUGGACGUCACGUAUCGAUUUGUUGUUUUGUUCGUGUAUCAUUUAAUAAAUAAGUAUGUUCACCUUCCACGCUGCGCCUUGGUCCUCUAUAUCCGACGAUCGUGACAGUAUAUCAAUGUUGCUGAGGGUAUCACAGCUUCUCAUCUCUGUAUAUCCUGAGCGGUUGGGGGUUUUAUGUACACUACCGGUCAAAAGUUUUAGAACACCUACUCAUUCAAGGGUUUUUCUUUAUUUGUUUUACUAUUUUCUAUAUUGUAGAAUAAUAGUGAAGACAUCAAAACUAUGAAAUAACACAUAUGGAAUCAUGUAGUAACCAAAUUUUUUUUAAACAGAUCAAAAUAUAUUUCAUUUUUGCGAUUCUUCAAAUAACCACCCUUUGCCUUGAUGUCAGCUUUGCACACUCUUGGCAUUCUCUCAACCAGCUUCAUGAGUUAGUCACCUGGAAUGCAUUUCAAUUAACAGGUGUGCCUUCUUAAAAGUUAAUUUUUUGAAUUUCUUUCCUUCUUAAUGUGUUUGAGGCAAUCAGGUGUUUUGUGACAAGGUAUGGGGGGUAUACAGAAGAUAGCCCUAUUUGGUAAAAGACCAAGUCCAUAUUAUGGCAAGAACAGCUCAUAUAAGCAAAGACAAACGACAGUCCAUCAUUACUUUAAGACAUGAAGGUCAGUCAAUACGGAACAUUUCAAGAACUUUGAAGGUUUCUUCAAGUGCAGUCGCAAAAAACAUCAAGCACUAUGAUGAAACUGGCUCUCAUGAGGACAGCCACAGGAAUGGAUGACCCAGAGUUACCUCUGCUGCAGAGGAUAAGUUCAUUAGAGUUACCAGCCUCAGAAAUUGCAGCCCAAAUAAAUGCUUCACAGAGUUCAAGUAACAAACACAUCUCAACAUCAACUGUUCAGAGGAGACUGUGAAUCAGGCCUUCAUGGUCGGAUUGCUGCAAAGAAACCACUACUAAAGGACACCAAUAAGAAGAAGAGACUUGCUUGGUCCAAGAAACACGAACAAUGGACAUUAGACCGGUGGAAAUAUGUCCUUUGGUCUGGAGUCCAAAUUUGAGAUUUUUGGUUCCAACCGCUGUGUCUUUGUGAGACGCUGUGUGGGGGAACGGAUGAUCUCUGCAUGUGUAUUUCCCACCGUAAAGCAUGGAGGAGGAGGUGUUAUGGUGUGGGGGUGCUUUGCUGGUGACACUGUCUGUGAUUUAUUUAGAAUUCAAGGCACACUUAAACAACAUUGCUACCACCGCAUUCUGCAGUGUUACGCCAUCCCAUCUGGUUUGGGCUUAGUGGGACUAUCAUUUGUUUUUCAACAGGACAAUGACCCAACACACGUCCAGGCUGUGUAAGGGCUAUUUUACCAAGAAGGAGAAUGAUGGAGUGCUGCAUCAGAAUACCUGGCCUCCACAAUCCCCUGACCUCAACCAAAUUGAGAUGGUUUGGAAUGAGUCGGACGGCAGAGUGAAGGAAAAGCAGCCAACAAGUGAUCAGCAUAUGUGGGAACUCCUUCAAGACUGUUGGAAAAGCAUUCCAGGUGAAGCUGGUUGAGAGAAUGCCAAGAGUGUGCAAAGCUGUCAUCAAGGCAAAGGGUGGCUAUUUGAAGAAUCUCAAAUAUAAAAUAUAUUUUGAUUUGUUUAACACUUUUUUGGUUACUACGAUUCCAUAUGUGUUAUUUCAUAGUUUUGAUGUCUUCACUAUUAUUCUACAAUAUAGAAAAUAGUAAAACAAAUAAAGAAAAACCCUUGAAUGAGUAGGUGUUCUAAAACUUUUGACCAGUAGUGUAUAUAUUGAAUGUAACUCAUACGUCCAUAGCUGACUGCUGUUUCUCUAUAUGUUUUUCUCCAUACAGAGAUCAUCGUAGAUGUAUCUGUGGCUGGGAAGGCGGUGGAGGGGGGCAGCCAGACUCCUGGGCCUCCCCCUAGUGCUGUUUCACCUCCCAGCCUGGAGAGGGAGCCCUAUAAGAAGCUGGGUCUGACCAAGCAGGUCCUAGUGGCCCACACCCAGAACGAGGAGCAGACCUUCCUGUGUCGCUUCAGGGAGAUGAAGGGAGUCCAGGCCUUCCAGGCCAACUGUUCCCAAUACCUGGAGCGCCAGAACGGACAGGGCGGCGCUGAUGGUACAGUAGCAAACAUGUUCUACACACAUUACAAUACAAAACAAACUCGGUAUAGGUCGUUAGACUUGGGCUAGUACAAUUACACACAGACACACAGAGUACCUUAAUGUUCUCAUACACUCAACCUCUCACAGUCAAAUACAUAAUGUAAUUCCUCCCUCUCUGUCCCCCUCUCUAGCUGUGCCCGCUGUGCGCCCAUGCAAGCAGGCUGAGCCCGCCCCCUGGCGAAGCGGGCGCAACAAGAAGACCAAGUCCAAGCGGGUGAAACAGAACGAGUCGUCCGACAGUUCCGUGUCUCAUAGGAGGAGACAGCCGCAGCCCCGACCCCACCUCCUCAACCAGGGCCUCAACCAGACCUCCUGGUCCCCCUCCAACACCUCCCAGUCCACCUUCCCGCCCCUGGCCUACCCCACCGUGGUGCCAGCCUACCCCCUCCAAGUCUACCCCGGGGCAGGUACCAUGGCUGGCACCAUGCCUACCCGCCCAGACAACUCAGUGGCGGGCUUCGGUGACAGCCAGUGCAACCAGGAUCGCCAGUGCCUGCCACCAAACAUCCAGCCCUCGCCCUUCUCUACUCCCAUGGUGACCCCCGUGGUGGCUCUGGUUCUCCCCAACUGCAUGUUCCCUCAAAUGGGAAGCGGGGCUCCAGGACAGCAGCCUUUCUACCAGGCCGAGACGGCCGGCUACCCCUCCCAGCCGCAGCCCUUCCCCCUACAGACGUCUCUUUCCUACCCAGGCCAGGCAUCCUUCACCAUCCCUGCCCAGGCGUCCUUCACCAUCCAGGCCCAGUUUCCGGGCCAGAACCCCUUCGCGCCCCAGACGGCCUUCCCAAUCCCCGCCCAGCCUUUCUCAUUCUCCAUGCCCAUGGAGGCUCCCAAGCCACCUGGGGAAACCACCCAGUCUCGCUGCUCCACACCUGGGUCCAUGGGCGGCAGGGACCAAGUGUCCUCCCCUCCACUGUUCCAGUCGCGGUGCAGCUCGCCCCUGCAGCUCAACCUACUGCAGCUGGAGGAGACGCGGUGCUCCCUGGAGAGACAGGACAGCAUGGUGGUGGCGCCCUCCGUUGGCACUCAAGGGAAUAACACCGUCAGCGAGAAGGGAGGGAGCGUGGUCGGCCAAGCCAUAGAGAAGGUCAAGGAGCUUCAGCAGGUAUGAUACAAGUUUCAAGUCGUACGGGAUACACAUGGUAUACACCAUCCAACAAAAUUCUUACUUGCAGGUUCCUUCUUCACAAUGCAACAAUAAUAAAUAAUAAAAGAUAAGAAUACGAACAUAAAGUAAAUGGCUCAGUAGAAUAGAAUAAACAUUUUAGCAUAAGUAUAAUACAGGAAGGCACAAUUUAUAGUAUUGGGAAAGUGGGGAUUGGGGGGCAUAUGUUUAAAUUGUUCAAUAUUUAGCAAUAAUAAUAAGAGCGGUAGCAGCAGGUGUGUGUGAGUGUAUAUCUGUGUUGGUGUAUGAGUGUAUAUCUGUGUGGGUGUAUGAGUGUAUAUCUGGUGGGUGUAUGAGUGUAUAUCUGUGUGGGUGUGUGAGUGUAUAUCUGUGUUGGUGUAUGAGUGUAUAUCUGUGUGGAUGUGUGCUAAAGUGCAGAGAGUCAGUGCAGGUGGUCAGUCCAGUUCAACUGUUCAGCAGUGUGAUGUCUUGUAGAUAGAAACUGUCUCUGAGCCUUUUGGUAUCAAACCUCAUGAGUUUGACCUUGUUCCCUCUUUCCCCUUCUGUAUCCUCUUUUUCCACAGCCUCCUCAACUCUCCCAGAAACAGCGUUAGUGUAAGGUUGUGGCAUCAAUAUUGAGUUUCCCGAAAAUCGCAGCAGAACUACAAAAGUGUUGUUUUUAGACUGGAGGUGUUAGGCUAGGGUUAGGAUGUAUAAAAGGCGACUUAAUCGCUAAGGCAUUUACAAAUCCAUCCUAUAUUGUCUUCAGCUGGCAGCCAACUGGCACAUAGGCUAUAGAUUUGUAAUUUUUCUGAAUAUUUUAAGAAUGCUUUUACUAGGUUACAAUGUUAUAGUUUCACCAAUUUCUCUAGUCUAUGCAAAUUGUAUUGAAUCAUUUAAAAUGUUUAAAAUUCUGACAUCCUGUGUGAAGUAACUGUGCUGCCAUGUCGAAGUACAAUAAUCCAAAAGGCUCCUUAUGUCUAAAACUGUAAACCCAUUGUGUCCCUUUAAACCCUUUAGCCCACAUUCAGUCUGACCGGUCCAAUGGGACCCUUGUAUUCCAACACACUCCUUGUCUGCACACUAUUGUCAUGGGAUAUAGUGUGCUCUAGGCUGAGGUGUUGCAGUGACGAGGUAGGAUAACAUCGCAAUCGCAACUCUCCACAAAAUAUAACUUACCGUAGUUACUGGAAUACAGACCUCUGUCUAUCCAUCUCUCACAGUGGGACAAUAUGACUGAGUCGCCUCUUAGACCUUGAGGGGGAAGUAAAGUAGCAGAGUAGCAAAAAAUAAAGGAUAGGACUGAUGACAGAAAAAAGGGAGCACUAAAACUUGAGAGUGGAACUUCUGUUUGUUGACCUUAUCCUUUGACCUCUUGUCUUGCAGGUGGGCCCGCCGGGUGACGGUAACCAUAGCGAUGUCAACUCGUUGUCGAGUGACCUGCUGGACAUCCUGCUCCGUUCAGACUCUCGUUCAGGCACCAGCUCAGCCACUUCAGGGUCCAUGGGUUCCAGCUCUAAUGGCUGUGGAACCUCAGCUAGAACGUCUAACAGCGGAAUGUCUAAUAACAGUGGAAUGUUGGGAUGUAGAACGUCAGCUAGCGGAACGUCAGCUAGCGGAGUAUCUGGCAGUGGCACAGGUCUGUACACACACCUACCCUACCCUUUUGUACGUUUGUUCCAAUUUUUUUCCUAUUCUAUACCAGUCACUUCCUCUGUACCAAACUUCACUUCUGUAACUGUCUUGGGGGUUUACAUAUUUGAUCAACAAGACUGGCAGAGCAAGAACAAACACAAGAUAGAAGUACAUUAACAUGGCAGCAAGACAUUACGUUCAACAGUUUGUUGCUUCAUGUAUGAAGCACUUGAGACCAGAGCUCUGGUGCUUCUGAAGUAAGAUAUCCUAACUCUGUAUUGUGCAUUCAUUCACCCCCCAGUAAGCAGCAGCCACACGAGCAACAACAGCAGCAACUACUUUGGCAGCAUGGACUCCUCCCAGAACAGCUGCCAGAAGGUCAAAGUGCACUCCAGCGGCGGCAGGAGUGGUGGUAGCGUUAGCCAGGGGCGGCCAAUGGAGGUGGAGCAAAGCCAAUAUGACAAAUAUGUACUGCAGGAUCUGCCGUGGUUAGUCACCGCCAACGCUGACGACAAGGUCAUGCUGACCUAUCAGAUGCCCUCGCGGUGAGUGGGAGGAGACAAUAGGGAGGCGGCACGCAAUGUGCUUGGAGUAGGAGAAAGAUUGGGAUUUUAUAGGGGGGGGGGGGGGGGGGGGGGGCUUAGGGGAAGGGUAAACUGAUCCUAGAUCUGUGACUUCAGACAACUUCUACCCAGGGCAUAAGUCCUAGUGUAAUGUUUCCCAAAAUGAUGAGUGGCCAAAAAUGCUGGGGUUAGACAUAUUUGUUGGUUUUUAUUUGGUAGAUCAUAAAAAAUGUUUUAGAUGGAACACAGUACUCUAAAUCAUUGGGAAAUAAUGUCCUAGUACAUUGCACCCUAGUUACUACCCACUCCCUUCCUGUAUUUACCUAUGCAUGCUGGAUUAGUGUCCUAAUUGGAUCCCUCAAAUCUAUGUAUGUUUGUGUGAUGAAUCCCUUUUUCUCCCCAAUUUCAUGAUAUCCAAUUGCAAACUUGUCUCAUCUUUGCAACUCCCCAAUGGGCUCAGGAGAGGCGAAGGUUGAGUCAUGCAUCCUCCGAAACAUGACCCGCCAAACCGCACUACUUAACGCCCGCUUAACCCGGAAGCCAGCUGCACCAAUGUGUCAGAGGAAACACCGUUCAACUGAUGACCGAAGUCAAGCCUACAGGCGCCCGGCCCGACACAAGGAGUGGCUAGAGUGCGAUGAGCCAAGUAAAGUCCCCCCGGCCAAACCCUCCCCUUACCCGGACGACGCUGGGCCAAUCGUGUGCCACCCUAUGGGACUCCUGGUCACAGCCUGUUGUGACACAGCCUGGGAUCGAACCCGGGUCUGUAGUGACGCCUCAAGCACUGCGAUGCAGUGAUGCAGUGCCUUAGACCGCUACGCCACUCAGGAAGCUGUGUGAUACAUCUUAUGAUGAUGAAAACGUAUGAGGUCCUUAGUUGCUGGCUUGCAGUUAUAAUGUAUGCCUAUAAGAUGGGGCUCUUGCACAAGUUGGGGUCUUGUUUACAGUUGUCAGGCAACAUGGGUUGAGAGAUACGCAUGUCUUCCCAAUACGAAAUACCCCAUUUUUAAAACCACUAUACCAGAUGUACUCUUUUCCUGACACCCUAAUACCCAAUAGCACUCUCUGUGUCACAUGUAUGUCCAAUAGCAUUCUGACUGUUUGUGUCUUUCCCCUGGUCAUAUAGGUCACAUAGUAUACUGAGUGUGUAUGUCCCUUGGUCUACACAGGGGCAUCGAGAGUGUGCUUAGCGAAGACCGAGAGAAGCUAAGUGUGAUGCAGAAGAGUCAGCCGUGCUUCACCGGGGAGCAGCAGAGAGAACUGGUGGAGGUCCACCCCUGGAUGAGGAGAGGAGGGCUGCCCAAGGUCAUGGAUGUCGAGGUGAGCUCUCUUUCUCUAUCUCUUUCCUCCCUCUCUCAUUCUCACAAUCACUGUCUCUUUCUCUCUCUCUUACACUACAGGCAGUCAUUCACAUUUGUCAAAAGCAAGUCUGAAAGUAACUAACAGAAAUGUGUGUGUGUGUUGUAUUUUUUGUUAAGGCCUGUGUGGGCUGUGAGGAGGACGCUCCAGAGGCGGUGUUGUCUGAGGAGCUGCCUGGCCUGGAUAUGUGAGAUACAGAGACUGAGACAGGCGUGGUCAGCCCCUCCAGGAACCCAGUGAGGAGCCCUUUAACAUGGACACCUGCCCAAGCCCCUGCCCCUGCCCCUGCCCCUCUUCUGGCCUUGGAUCAUCA